GCAUGGGGGCCUCUUUUCAACAAGACCUCCCGCCCAAGGGAUGACGAUGAAACCGUCGAGUCUUUGUGGAGUGAUUGGGACAUUCCCCGUCGCAUGAUGCAGGUUGCUUUGUGGAUCAAAGAGAAGAACGAGGAGACAGGCGAGUGGGAAAGUACCUUCUGGAAGAUGUUGGAGGAGAGCAAAUGCUCGGAAGUCAUUUUCACCGAAAACACCGCGCCGGACAGAGAGAUUUGGGAUGAGAAGGGUGGUCUGAUCAAGAAAGGUGCAGCUGAAAUUGCUGAGCGCGAUCAGGAUCAUGUGCCUGAAGUCAAGGUUUUGACCACUCUAGGCAUGUUCGCCGUGCCCGUGACUGCAGAGACCACAGUGGGUGAGAUCCGUCAAAAAGUGCAGGAGUGGAAGCCGGAGUAUUCCUUGGAGCAAAUUGAGCUCGUUUGCAAAGACAAAGAUGCAUGGGGGCCUCUCUUCAACAAGACCUCCCGCCCAAGGGAUGAUGAUGAGACAGUCGAGUCAUUGUGGAGCGAUUGGGACAUUCCCCGCCGUAUGAUGCAGGUUGCUCUCUGGAUCAAGGAGAAGAAUGAGGAGACAGGUGAGUGGGAGAGUACCUUUUGGAAAAUGUUGGAGGAGAGCAAAUGUGAUGACUGGAGCUUCCAAGGUCACACCAUUUGAGCACUUGGUUCUGCGCAGAUGCUGAAGGCUGGUCCACCUUGUUUGGUAAUGAGAACGAGUGGCAACAGAGGAUGAUUAGAGCUUUCAGAGCUUAGGACAUGUGAUCCUUAGGCAAUGCGGAAAAAGUACAGAGGAUAGUGUGGGAAGGCCAACUGAAUGUGCA